AUCUAGCCACAUUUCUCACUCAGUCAACCUCACAACUCAAGGCCUUAAACCCGAUCACUCGACUUUUUUUUCUAACUGUCAUCGCCUCAUUCAAUCAUGUCGACUCGUCAAGUACAAAAUGUAGCCUCGCUCGUGUCCACUGUCAAAGCUCUGGAUGGAACCGCCGCAGUGUUUCCUGUUUGGAGAUCGCGCAUCGAGGAUGUUUUGAGUAUGCAAAACACCCUCGACAUAGUGAACGGAUCUCUCCCAAGACCUAAGGAAGACUCCAAAUCAGACAGCUCGGUUGCACGAUCGACGGACUACUCGAAAGGCUAUAACCCCAAGGAAGUCGUCGCCGACUGGGACGCUCUCUCCGAGCUUGCCUGCGCUACGAUUCGUCUGACGCUUUCGCGGCCAUUGGCUUUGCGAUAUCGAAAAACCAAACCCGCUACCCGUCUCUUUACGACUAUCGUUAACGCUUACGAAAAGAACACAAGAGCUCGAAGAAUUCGCCUUCAAGAAGCAUUCUGGGAAUCCAAACACGACCCCAAUACACCAAUUGCUCUCUGGAUUGGUCAUGUCAGGGUUGCGGCCGAUGAAUUACUAACAAUCAACGAGUUGCCGACCGACCGACAGAUUGCCGAUCGCCUUGUUGCUGGAUUAGACAGCUCAUGGUCCGCUGUCAAGGACUCGAUAGUAUAUACGGCUCAAGAGAUGUCUUUGGACGACACCAUCGGUGCCUUGGAAGCUCACGAAGUUAGCCUCAACGGAAAAACGUCAACCGACUUUGCCUCAGCCUCCUUCGCCUCAUCCAAGCGCUUUGGGUGCUCUAACUGCGGCAAACGAGGCCACAAGUCAUCCGAGUGUAGAAAACCAAAAACAAAGGCCGGUGCAGUAUCAACAGUCAAGCUCGGUGGCUACGACUCAGGUUCAUUUGACGAUGGAGAUGAAAUUGAUGUCGUUAAAAACCUAUAUUCAUGAGCUGGAGGUCAUUCACCAUAUAGUCUGGACCAAAAAAGGGGGAUCCUUUCCAUUUGCCCAGAUACUGAGAUGACACUUAUGACAGGUGGUUUGAUUCCUACAACACAGUGGAAAACCCAAAUAUUAAACCACAUGGAAAGGUUUCGAUGGCACAAGCUUGAUGAGCUUAUGCUUGUUUGACCAAAAAAUCAUCUAUAUGGGAAACCUUGUGGACACUGGCUAUAAUAAAGCUUUGCCACUUUCAAUUUUCAAGUGUCUGAUUUGCUAAUUCAAUCUGACCACUAAUCUAUAGGGAAAACAUUGUGGAUACUGGCUAAUUUGCAAGUGUCUGCUUUCCUCAUUCCAUCUGACAAGGAAGGUAUUUUGGGCUUUUAUACCACAUUGGAUUCAAUUCAAA